UCUUUCUCUCCGCCUCUUGUUGCCCUAAAAUACUGGAGUAGGGCUUCCGACGGAGACGAAGACGACGGGAGCUUGUUAGAAGGAAAAGAAGCAGGUCAACAUGGACAUGCAAAGCGAUUUAGAUCGCCUCAUCUUCUUCGAGCACGCUCGUAAGACAGCCGAAAUUGAUUACGCCGCCAAUCCACUCGAUGCCGAUAAUCUGACGAGAUGGGGAGGAGCUUUGCUCGAGGUGUCACAGUUUCAGACUGUUCCCGACGCCAAGAAGAUGAUUCAAGAUGCUACCAUGAAGCUGGAAGAGGCUUUACUGGUUGAUCCGUCCAAGCACGAUGCUCUUUGGUGCCUGGGGAAUGCUCACACUUCCCAUGCUUUUCUAACACCUGAUCUAGAAGAGGCCAAGGUUUAUUUCGCAAAGGCAGAUACCUACUUUCGGCAAGCUGUUGAUCUGGAACCGGCUAAUGAUCUUUAUCGCAAAUCUCUGGAAGUUUCUGACAAGGCACCUGAGUUACACCAGGAGCUUCACAAGCAAGGUUUUAAUCAGCAGGCUGCCCCAAGUGAACCUUCCACAUCCUCAACAUCCAAGACUUCAAAGACAAAGAAGAACAACGAUCUGAAGUAUGAUGUAUUUGGAUGGAUAAUCCUUGCUGUCGGGAUUGUUGCAUGGGUUGGGUUUGCGAAAUCUCACGUUCCUCCUACACCACCACAGCCGCGAUAAGUUGAUGUUUUUGCAAAAUGCUUGUGGGAUUCUCAGAACUUUUUCUUGGGGCAAUGAUUCUGCAUACACAUAUACAAGUUUUUCUUAUGUAAUAUGCCAUCAUCCUCUUUGUCCUUUCUUUAUCUUUUGAAAUAUUGGGUACAUUAUUAUUACUUUGAACUUUGUUUUUCCCUAUUUUUACAUAUUUGAAUGAAUAUGCUACGAUGACCCAUUU